AUGUUUUUCUUAAUUGGUUUAGGACUAGGGGAUGCGAAGGAUGUUACAGUGAAAGGCUUAGAAAUUAUCAGAAAGUGCGAUAAAGUUUUUUUGGAAGCUUACACUUCUAUUUUAACCGUUGGGAAAGAAGUUUUGGAAGAAUUUUAUCAAAGGCCUUUAAUUGUAGCGGAUAGAGAUUUAUGUGAAAGUAAUAUAGAUGAAAUAUUAAAAGAAGCAAAAAAUCAAGACAUAGCUCUUUUAGUAGUGGGUGAUCCUUUAGGUGCCACAACCCAUACAGAUAUGUUAAUCCGGGCAAAGGAUUUUGGUGUUGAGACAAUGAUUGUCCACAAUGCUUCCAUAAUGAAUGCAGUUAGUUGUUGCGGGUUACAGCUUUACAAUUUUGGAGAAACUGUAUCAAUACCGUUUUGGUCGGACACAUGGAAGCCAGAUAGUUUCUUUGAAAAGAUUAUCGGAAAUUACUCAAGAAAUUUACACACUCUUUGUCUGUUAGAUAUAAAAGUAAAGGAACCCACAGAAGAAUCAUUGACAAAAAAAGUUAGACAAUACAUGGAUCCAAAGUUUAUGUCAGUCAAAGAGGCAGCAAGACAAUUAGUAGAAAUAAUAGCAAACAAGAAUAAUGAUAAACAAGAUCUAACAACAGACACACUUGUGGUUGGCUUAUCAAGAGUUGGUGCCAUUGAUCAAAAGAUAGUCGCUGGUAGCUUAGAAUAUAUGCAAAAUUGUGAUCUCGGACCCCCUCUACAUAGUCUUGUAAUCCCAGCUCCUAAUUUGCAUCCACUUGAACUCGAAUAUCUGGCUCAAUUUAGAUAG